AUGGGCCUCGGCCGGAGGAAGCUGGCCCCCCUCUGGGCCCUGGCUCUGGCCCUGGCCUGUGCCCGGCACACAGGCCUGGCCCAGCACAGCCCCACAGACUUCGGCCUCUCCCUGGAUCUGCAUCGCACGCCACAGAGCCCAGCCGGUGACUCAGUGCGUGGGGUGACCAUGCUCCCGCCCCUGCGGACUGUCCCUGUGGUGCGAGCACUGAACCCCGCGCACAACGGCCGGGUGUGCAGCACGUGGGGCGACUUCCACUACAAGACCUUCGACGGCGCAGUCUUCCGCUUCCCCGGGCUCUGUAACUACGUCAUGUCUGCUCACUGCGGCAGCGCCUACGAGGACUUCAACGUGCAGCUGCGGCGCUGCCCCAAGGCCAAUGCCACCACCCUCUGCGGCGUCACCAUGAAGCUGGAUGGCGUGGUCCUGCAGCUGUCCCAGCAAGUCAUGCUGGUGAAUGGCAACCCAGUCCAGCUGCCCUUCAGUCAGUUUGGAGUCACCAUCGAGCAAAGCGGCAGCUUCCUGAAAGUCCUGGCCCGCCUGGGCCUGGUCUUCAUGUGGAACCAGGACGACAGCCUGCUGCUGGAGUUGGACGCCAAAUAUGCGAACCAGACCUGCGGGCUCUGUGGAGACUUCAACGGAAUCCCUGACCUCAGCGAGUUCUUCCCCCACGGUGUCUGGGUGAGCCCCCUGGAGUUUGGGAACUUGCAGAAGAUGGACGGCCCUACAGAGCAGUGCCAGGACCCUGUCCCCGAGCCCCCCAGGAACUGCUCCACCAACACCAGCAUCUGUGAGGAGCUCCUGCUUGGCCGGCUCUUCUCCGGCUGCAGCGGCCUGGUGGAGCCCAGCGGCUACCUGGAAGCGUGCCAGCAGGAUGUGUGCGCCUGUGAGCACAGCGACAUCACCAGCUGCGUGUGCGACACGCUGGCCGAGUUCUCCCGCCAGUGCGCCCACGCUGGAGGGCGUCCUCUGGACUGGCGCAGCCCGGACCUCUGCCCCGCCACCUGCUUCCUCGGCAUGCAGCACCAGGAGUGCGGCUCGCCCUGCACCGACACCUGCUCCAAUCCCGAGAGCUCCCAGCUCUGCGGGGAGCACUGCAUGGCCGGCUGCUUCUGCCCGAAAGGGACGGUGUUCGACGACAUCGGCAAGACCGGCUGCAUCCCCGUGUCCCAGUGCCACUGCGUGCACAACGGCGUCCCCUACGCGCCCGGCGCGGGCUACUCCACAGACUGCACCCAGUGCACCUGCGUCGCGGGCCGGUGGAGCUGCCAGGAGCGGCCGUGCCCGGGCACCUGCGCCGUCCUGGGCGGCGCCCACUUCUCCACGUUCGACGAGAGGCAGUACACGGUGCACGGGGACUGCAGCUACGUGCUGGCCAAGCCCCUGCACGGCAGCGCCUUCUCCGUGCUGGCCGAGCUGCGCAGGUGCGGACUGUCAGAGAGUGAGACCUGCCUGAAGAGCGUGACGCUGAGUCUGGACGCAGGGCAGACGGUGGUGGUGAUCAAGGCCAGCGGGGAAGUGUUUGUGAACCAGAUCUACACACAGCUGCCCGUGUCUGCAGCCAACGUCACCCUGUUCCGGCCUUCUACCUUCUUCAUCGUCGCCCACACACAGCUGGGUCUGCAGCUGGAAGUGCAGCUGGUGCCGAUCAUGCAGGUGUUUGUGCAGCUGGAGCCCCAGCUGCGGGGCCAGACCUGCGGCCUCUGUGGAAACUUCAACCAGAACCAGGCCGAUGACUUCCGCGCGCUCAGCGGCGUGGUGGAGGGCACCGCUGCCGCCUUCGCCAACACCUGGAAGACCCAGGCCUCCUGCCCCAAUGUCAGGAACAGCUUCGAGGACCCCUGCUCCCUCAGCGUGGAGAACGAGAAGUAUGCUGAGCGCUGGUGCUCCAGACUGACAGACGCCCAGGGCCCCUUUGCCCCAUGCCACGCUGUGCUGAACCCGACCAUCUACUACUCGAACUGCAUGUUCGACACGUGCAACUGCGAGAAGAGUGAGGACUGCAUGUGCGCGGCCCUGUCCUCCUAUGUGCACGCCUGCGCUGCCAAGGGCGUGCUGCUGGACGGCUGGAGGGACGGCGCCUGCAUGAAGCCCACGACCAACUGCCCCAAGUCCCUCACCUACCAGUACCACAUCCGCACCUGCCAGCCCACCUGCAGAGCCCGGGGUGGUGAGGACAUCACCUGUGCCAUCGGCUUUGUGCCCGUGGACGGCUGCACCUGCCCCCCUGACACCUUCCUGGACGAUCAAGGGAAGUGUGUGCCAGCCAGCAGCUGCCCCUGCUACCACGGGGGCUCCGUGGUCCCCAGUGGGGAGACGCUGCAUGAGAAUGGAGCCCUCUGCACCUGCACACAGGGCACGCUCACCUGCAUGGGAAAACCGAGCUCCACCCCAGUCUGUGCCCCACCCAUGGUUUACGUCGACUGCCGCAAUGCCACUCCCGGGGUAGCCGGGGCUGCCUGCCAGAAGAGCUGUCACACCCUGGACAUGGACUGCUACAGCACCCAGUGCGUGGCCGGCUGUGUGUGUCCCGAUGGGCUGGUGGCUGACGGCAGCGGUGGCUGCGUGGCCGAGGAGGAGUGUCCCUGCAUGCACAACGAGGCUAGUUACCAGCGUGGCCAGAGCAUUCGCGUGGGCUGCAACACCUGCACCUGUGAGAACAGGAAGUGGCGCUGCACGGACGAGCCCUGCCUGGCCACCUGUGCAGUGUACGGGGAUGGUCACUACCUCACCUUCGACGGCCAGCGCUACAGCUUCAGUGGGGACUGCGAGUACACACUGCUUCAGGAUCACUGUGGCGGCGGCAAUGGCAGUUCCCAGGAUGCCCUGCGAGUGGUCACUGAGAACGUGCCCUGUGGCUCCACGGGCACCACCUGCUCCAAGGCCAUCAAGCUCUUCCUGGGGAGCUUCGAGCUGAGGCUGAGUGACGGGAAGGCAGAGGUGAUCGAGAAGGCCCCGGGCCGGGCAGCGCCCUUCUCCAUCCGCCAGAUGGGCAUCUAUCUGGUGGUGGACACGCAAGUGGGCCUGGUUCUGCUGUGGGACAAGAAGACCAGCCUCUUCCUCAGGCUUGGACCCGAGUUCAAGGGGAGGGUCUGUGGGCUCUGCGGGAACUUCGACGACAAGGCCAUCAACGACUUCACCACACGGGGCCAGUCCGUGGUGGGCAACGCCCUGGAGUUCGGCAACAGCUGGAAGUUCUCCCCGUCCUGCCCGGACGCGCCUGUCCCCAGAGACCCUUGCACGGCUAACCCCUACCGCAAGUCGUGGGCCCAGAAGCAGUGCAGCCUCAUCAACAGUGCCACCUUCGCCGCCUGCCACGCUCAUGUCGACCCCUCCAAGUACUACGAGGCCUGCGUGAGCGACGCGUGCGCCUGCGACUCCGGCGGGGACUGUGAGUGCUUCUGCACAGCCGUGGCCGCCUACGCCCAGGCCUGCCACGAUGUGGGCGUGUGCGUCUCCUGGAGGACCCCUGACAUCUGCCCCCUCUUCUGCGACUACUACAACCCCGAAGGCCAGUGCGAGUGGCACUACCAGCCCUGCGGGUCGCCCUGCAUGAGGACCUGCCGGAACCCCAGCGGUCGCUGCCUGCACAACCUGCCUGGCCUGGAGGGCUGCUACCCCAAGUGUCCCCCAGAGGCUCCCAUCUUCGAUGAAGACCAGAUGCAGUGUGUGGCCACAUGCCCACCCCCGCCGCCCGCCCCCUGCCAAGUUGCCGGCCAGGUUUACCUGCCCGGAGCACAGGUGCCUGCAGAGCAGAACUGCCAGUCCUGCAUGUGCACUGAGAGUGGCGUGACGUGUGUAUAUGACAGCGAAGCCUGCGUCUGCACCUAUGGAGGGCUGAGAUUCCACCCAGGCGACUCCAUCUACAACACCACGGACGGCACUGGCGGCUGCAUCUAUGCCCACUGCGGGACCAAUGGCACCAUUGAAAGACGCAUCCUGGAGUGCCCCACCACCACCUCUCCACCCCCCACCACCUUCACCUUCUCCACCCAUGGGGUGAAGUCCACGCCCACACCCAGCACACACCCCAGCCCCAGACCCACCACAGACCACCCAAAGCACAGCACGACAAGCCCAGAGCUGCCCACGACUACAGGCUGUGGAGAGGUUUGCCAGUGGUCACCAUGGCUGGAUGUCAGCCGCCCAGGACAGGGCAGGGACAGUGGUGACUUUGACACUCUGGACAACCUACGUGCCCAUGGGCACUGGGUAUGCCAGGCACCUCGGGAAGUGCAGUGCCGUGCAGAGGAUGCCCCUGAGGUGCCACUGGAGGCACUGGGACAGCGUGUGCAGUGCAGCCUGGCCACAGGGCUGACCUGCUUCAACAAGGAGCAGACAUCGGGGCUGUGCCACAACUACCAGGUCCGGGUGCUGUGCUGCAGCCCCCGGGCCUGCCCGCCCGCCUCUUCCACCACCAGGACCACGCCGAGGCACCACCACUCCACGCCCAGCCCCACGCCAGCCACAACCACGCCUCCACCCGACACCACGCCCAACCAGGUGUCCUGCCUCCAUGAGCGCUGCUCCUGGACGUCCUGGAUUGACGGCAGCUACCCCCAACCAGACAGAAACGGGGGCGACUUUGACACGUUCUCCAACCUGCGGGCCAAGGGCUAUCACUUCUGCCAGGCACCGAGCAGGGUGGAGUGCCGGGCCGAGCGCUUCCCAGACACCCCCCUGGCUGACCUGGGGCAGACGCUGGUGUGUGACACGCAGGUGGGGCUGCUAUGCCUGAACAAGGACCAGCUGCCGCCCAUCUGCUACAACUACCAGAUCCGCAUCCAGUGCUGCGAGCUGGUGGACGAGUGCGGGGGCACCACCACCCCUGUCUCCUCCACCACCAGGACCACGCCCAAGUCCCACCACUCCAUGCCCAGCCCCACGCCAGUCACAACCACGGCUCCACCCGACACCACGCCCAACCAGGUGUCCUGCCUCCAUGAGCGCUGCUCCUGGACGUCCUGGAUUGACGGCAGCUACCCCCAGCCAGACAGAAACGGGGGCGACUUUGACACGUUCUCCAACCUGCGGGCCAAGGGCUAUCACUUCUGCCAGGCACCGAGCAGGGUGGAGUGCCGGGCCGAGCGCUUCCCAGACACCCCCCUGGCUGACCUGGGGCAGACGCUGGUGUGCGACACGCAGGUGGGGCUGCUAUGCCUGAACAAGGACCAGCUGCCGCCCAUCUGCUACAACUACCAGAUCCGCAUCCAGUGCUGCGAGCUGGUGGACGAGUGCAAGGGUUCCAACACCACCCCCUACUGGAAGACCAUUCCCACUGCCAGCACGCCACAUGUGCCCCCGCAAGCCACGAGCACAGCCACAACACACAGAACCACUGGCACCUCGGCCUGCCAGCCCCAGUGCUCCUGGACCCACUGGGUGGACGUGGACUUCCCGACCCCCGGGCCCCACGGAGGAGACUUUGAGACCUACAAGCACAUCAUCAGCAGAGGGGAGAAGGUCUGCGGACACCUGGACUACAUCAACGGGCUGGAGUGCCGAGCCGAGAACCACCCCGAUGUCAGCAUCGACCAGCUGGGCCAGGUGGUGCAGUGCCACCCCGAUGUGGGGCUGGUGUGCCGGAACAAGGACCAGAAGGGCCCUUUCAAGAUGUGCCUCAACUACGAGAUCCGGGUGCUGUGCUGUGAGCCCCAGAAGAACUGCCCUGUGACCCCCACCCACACUGUCCCGGCCACCAGCACAACCUCGUCCCCCACCACCAGCACAACCUCGUCCCCCACCACCAGCACAACCUCGUCUCCCACCACCAGCACAACCUCGUCCCCCACCACCAGCACAACCUCGUCCCCCACCACCAGCACAACCUCGUCUCCCACCACCAGCACAACCUCGUCCCCCACCACCAGCACAACCUCGUCUCCCACCACCAGCACAACCUCGUCCCCCACCACCAGCACAACCUCGUCCCCCACCACCAGCACAACCUCGUCUCCCACCACCAGCACAACCUCGUCCCCCACCACCAGCACAACCUCGUCUCCCACCACCAGCACAACCUCAUCCCCCACCACCAGCACAACCUCGUCCCCCACCACCAGCACAACCUCGUCCCCCACCACCAGCACAACCUCGUCCCCCACCACCAGCACAACCUCGUCUCCCACCACCAGCACAACCUCGUCCCCCACCACCAGCACAACCUCAUCUCCCAUCACCAGCCCAUCCUCCACUCCUGUAACCACUACCACUCCUGCCUCUACUUCUGAGACCUCCCACACCACACCCGGCACCUCGGCCUGCCAGCCCCAGUGCUCCUGGACCCACUGGGUGGACGUGGACUUCCCGACCCCCGGGCCCCACGGAGGAGACUUUGAGACCUACAAGCACAUCAUCAGCAGAGGGGAGAAGGUCUGCGGACACCUGGACUACAUCAACGGGCUGGAGUGCCGAGCCGAGAACCACCCCGAUGUCAGCAUCGACCAGCUGGGCCAGGUGGUGCAGUGCCACCCCGAUGUGGGGCUGGUGUGCCGGAACAAGGACCAGAAGGGCCCUUUCAAGAUGUGCCUCAACUACGAGAUCCGGGUGCUGUGCUGUGAGCCCCAGAAGAACUGCCCUGUGACCCCCACCCACACUGUCCCGGCCACCAGCACAACCUCGUCCCCCACCACCAGCACAACCUCGUCCCCCACCACCAGCACAACCUCGUCUCCCACCACCAGCACAACCUCGUCCCCCACCACCAGCACAACCUCGUCCCCCACCACCAGCACAACCUCGUCUCCCACCACCAGCACAACCUCGUCUCCCACCACCAGCACAACCUCGUCCCCCACCACCAGCACAACCUCGUCUCCCACCACCAGCACAACCUCGUCCCCCACCACCAGCACAACCUCGUCUCCCACCACCAGCACAACCUCGUCUCCCACCACCAGCACAACCUCCACUCCUGUAACCACUACCACUCCUGCCUCUACUUCUGAGACCUCCCACACCACACCCGGCACCUCGGUGACACACACCGUGACCUCCACCCCUGCGCCUAGCUCUGUGCCCCCCACCUGCUUCUGCAGCGUGUCCGACAAGUUCUACCCAGCAGGCUCCAUUAUCUACCAGGAGAAAGACCUGAGCGGGCACUGCUACUAUGCUGUAUGUAGCCUGGACUGUCACGUGGUCAGGGGCAGUGACCAGACCUGCCACACCAGCACUCCCCCAGCACCUGCCACCUCCUUGACUGUGCCCACCUCGUUUCCCCCCAGUCCCGUGUCGGAUGUGGGCUGCCCCAAUGCUGUCCCACCCAGAAAGAGAGGGGAGACCUGGCCCAUGGCCAACUGCUCCCAGGCCACCUGUGAGGGGAACCACGUCAUCUCUCUGUACCCGCGGCCCUGCCCACCUCCAGUCAUGCCCACCUGUGCCAAUGGCUACCCUGCAAUGAUAGCGGCGGACAAGGAUGGCUGCUGCCCUCAGUUCCAGUGCCAAUGCGUCUGCAGCGGCUGGGGUGACCCUCACUACAUCACCUUCGAUGGCACCUACUACACCUUCCUGGAUAACUGCACGUACGUGCUGGUGCAGCAGAUCGUGCCUGUGUUCGGGCACUUCCGCGUGCUCAUCGAAAACUACUUCUGCGACGCUGAGGACGGCCUCUCCUGCCCGCAGGCCAUCACUGUGGAGUACAGGCAGGCCCGUGUCACCCUCACCCGUAGGCCCGUGCUUGGACAAAUGACCAACCAGAUCCUCUUCAACAGUGAGGUGGUCAGUCCCGGCUUCCAGAAGGACGGCCUGGUCAUCUCCCAGGUGGGCGUGAAGAUGUUUGUGCGCAUCCCCGAACUGGGUGUGCGGGUCAUGUUCUCCGGCCUCAUCUUCUCUGUGGAGGUGCCCUUCAGCAAGUUCGCCAACAACACGGAGGGCCAGUGCGGUACCUGCACCAAUGACCAGAAGGACGAGUGUCGCCUGCCUGGAGGCACCACGGUCUCCUCCUGCUCAGACAUGUCCCGCUACUGGAAGGUCACCACCCCGGAUCAGCCAUCCUGCCAAGGGCCGCCCCCGGCGCAUUGGAACCUGCCCACACCCUCGCCCGGCCCCUGCCCAUCAUCACCCAUCUGCGAGCUGAUUCUGAGCGAGGUGUUCUCGGCAUGCCACACGGUGAUCCCCCCACGGCCCUACUAUGAAGGCUGCGUGUUUGACCAGUGCCACGUGGGCAACUCCGACGUGGUCUGCUCCAGCCUGGAGCUCUACUCCUCUCUCUGUGCUUCCCACAACUUGUGCAUCGACUGGCGAGGCCUCACCAACCACACGUGCCCCUUCACCUGCCCCGACAACAAAGAGUACCGGCCCUGCGGCCCUGCCAACCCCACCUACUGCUACGGCAAUGCUAGCCUCCUGGCCCUUCCAGAAGGUUCCAUCUCUGAAGGCUGCUUCUGCCCCGAAGGCAGCAUACUCUUCAGUACCAGCACGGAGAUCUGCGUGUCUACGGAGUGCACGGGAUGCCUUGGGCACCAUGGGGAGCCCGUGGAGCCCGGACAGACAGUGGUCGCUGACUGCCAGGAGUGCACCUGUGAUGCCGCCAGUCGGACCCUCACCUGCCGCCCCCAGACCUGCCCGCCACCUCCUGCCUGCCCUGCCCCUGGCCUCGUUCCAGUCCCCGCCGUCCCCCAGGCUGGCCAGUGCUGCCCCACCUACAGCUGCGACUGCAAUGCCAGCUACUGCCCAGAGCCUAUGGACUGUCCCGAAGGCUUCCGCCUGGAGCUGAGCCGACAGGAAGGGGCCUGCUGUCCCACCCAGACCUGUGUCCUCAUUCCCGGCUGCAGUGUCAAUGGCACUUUGUACCAGCCAGGCACCGUGACCUCCUGGAGCCUGUGUGAGACCUGCAGGUGCGAAGCCCAUAAGGGCACCCCCACGGACACCUUCGUGCUCAGCUGUCAGACCCAGAUCUGUGACUCGAACUGCUCUCUGGGCUUCGAGUACCAGCUGCGGCCCGGAGAGUGCUGUGGUGCCUGUGUCCAGGUGGCCUGUGUCGUGAAUGGCAGCACCCAGCUCCGCUUUGUGAGUGUCCCCGGGGAGAUCUGGUCAGAGCCCGGCAACAGCUGUGUGAGUCACACAUGUGAGAAGCACCAGGACAGGUUCAUCGUGGUCACCACCAAGAAGGCGUGUCCCCCGCUCAGCUGUUCUGUGGAAGAGGCUGUGCAGAGUGAGGAUGGUUGCUGUCUCAAGUGCCCGUCCCAGCCCCAGACCAGGUGCGGAGUGCACAACAGGACCCAGGUCAUCUGGAAGAACGGCUGCAGGUCGGCCGAGGCUGUGUCCCUGACCUACUGCUCUGGCAACUGCGGAGACACUGCUUCCAUGUACUCCCCGGAGGCUGAAGCGCUGACGCACAAGUGCAGAUGCUGCCAGGAGCUGCGGGUCUCGCAGAGGAACGUGACUCUGAGCUGCACCGACGGCUCCAGCCAGAUGUUCAGCUAUGCCCACGUGGAGGAGUGCGGCUGCGUGGGCCUGCGCUGCCACCGCCCUGGGGACCAGUCCCAGCAGCUGGAGCUGGAGUGGGCCGAGGAGCGGGAAGAACAGCCGAGGGAGGCGCCGGGUCAGGCAGCUGGGCGCUGGCGCAUGGGGCCCCGGGGAGUCGCGCCUCACCAACGGCCCCCGGGAAGCCACAUUGCAGAGGUGGAUGCAGGGCGCCACGCACUGGUGGGGCCCUCGGACAGCCGCCACGGGGCCAGACCAAGCCGUGUGCCGCCCUGUGUCUACUGGGGCCCCAUGGUCAAGAGGCUGCUGUCCCUGCACAGCUGA